AUGCACCUCUGCAGCCUCCCCGGCCCAACACGCACGGUGCUCGCCCCCGGUGCCGUGGCGUUGAGCCGCCUGGUGCAGGAGCUUAACAUCUGCCCCUUCUGUAGCGACACUCUCGUCCGGCCAUCGAACGAGGGGGAGAUGGGCGCGGUAACCCUGCAGUCAGCGCUGGGAAACCCCACGCAGCAGCAGCAGCGACGGUACUUGUCCUCAGCUUUGUUUGGACUGCCAGAAAAAACGGCCAGCAAGUUAACCGAGCAGAUCACAGAGUACAAAGGAGUUUUCGAGAUGUUUGACGAAGAGGGAAAUGGAGAUGUGAAGACACAGGAGCUGGAGAGGCUGAUGAGUUUAAUGGGGAUCAAUCCUACAAAGCGAGAGCUCAGCCAGAUGGCCAAAGAUGUGGACAAAGAUUCUAAACAGAUUAUUUUCUGUGACAGCUUCCUGGGUUUGAUGGCACUGUACCACGAAAGAACCAAAAACCAGAAUGCUGAACUCAGAGCUGCUUUUAAAGUAUUUGACAAAGAGGCCAAAGGAUAUAUCGACUGGAACACACUCAAGUAUGUGUUUACUCAGUGUUAACAUGAGAUUGAGGCAGAGCAGAUGAUGAAGGAGGCAGAUAAAGAUGGAGAUGGAACCAUUAAUUAUGAAGGUUUGAAUAAUUUGGCCAUGAUGACUGGGGACUCGUUUAAAAUGAGCUGA